AUGACAGUACAGAGUUUUGCAUCCACCGCCGAAGAGGCACGCCAUCGCAUUCGCACAAACCAGUGGCGUGGCGUAACCUCUGGGGUGGCUCCGGGCCACGUGCAGGCCAACCUGGCCAUUCUUCCCAGGGAUCUCGCGUUCGACUUUCUGCUCUUCUGCCAGCGGAACCCCAAACCUUGCCCACUGCUCGAGGUGGACACCCUCGAGGACUACUGGCAGGACGACCUGGUGAGCUUCCUGCUGGGAUGCAGCUUCUCCUUCGAGCAGGCCAUGAUUGACGCCGGCAUCCCGCUUCGCCACCAGGAGCAGGGCAAGAACGUGGCAAUGUACAUCACCAACGUCGCCACCGCUCCAGCGGGCGUGUUCUCGGGUCCCAUGGUGGUGAGCAUGCGGCCAAUCAAGCGGGAUCAGGUUGUGAGGGCAGUGCAGGUGACCUCCCGGUUCCCGGCCACCCACGGCGCCCCGGUCCACAUCGGCAGCCCCCGCGACAUCGGCAUCCGGGACCUUGACCUGCCGGACUUCGGCGAAAUGGUGGAAAUAAAGCCCGACGAGGAGCCGGUAUUCUGGGCCUGCGGGGUAACGCCCCAGGCAGUCGCCCUGAGCUGCAAGCCGCCGCUGAUGUUCACUCACGCGCCGGGGAGGAUGUUCAUCACCGACCAUCGGGACGCGGACUACGCCGUCCUGUAG